UCUUUUCGAGUUUCGUCUCUCAUCCUCAUCCCUCUUCCUCACUAAUGCUUUUGUUUUACAUCGACUCUUAACCUCACAUAUAGCAACUCCUCCAUCUAACUUGCAUAUUCCGUCUCAUCAUUUGCUUUGGAAAGUAGCAGAGCCUGCUUUGCCUCUUGUGAUUUCUCUCAUCAACUUUCUCCUUUCCCGUAACCUUGCCUUGUCUUUCUUGUUCCAUUUCCCAAGUAGCAUUCAAUCCGGACAUCUUGACCAAUAUCUGCGAUGGUCUUUAAACAAUGGUUACUGCAGAUAAAUAUUUCUCUUUCAGCAUUAGUCCUUCUGCCGGGGAGCCAGCAGACUCAUUUUUCCUGGGCUCCGGCAGCGACGUUUGCAAUUCUGGCCGCCUGGGGGGUAACGGGGAUUUUCCUCGGCUUUCUUCACAAGCGAUAUUUUCUAGAGAACCCUCAGCGGACGAUACUGUAUCCGCUGCAAGUGUGGCUACCGUUUGUGAUGGUGCUGCAGCCGUCGCUUGCGGAUGUGAUAUUGCUUCUGCCGCUAGCCACAACAGCCGCCAUGAUUUUCAUGGCAGCACAAAGAAGAAAUCCAGAUCUCGACGAUUUGGGGCUUCCCAUUCCAGUUCCUGGGCCGCGACGGCUACGGAUGCGCCGAGCGCUUUUGCUGCCAGCGGCGCAAAAUAUCUGACAAAAGCCCAAGCAUUUCCACAUCUUCCUUAUAAGACCCCCAAGGAAGAAACGCAAGAAAAGCAACAUCGCGAGUGUGAUGCCUACGCCGAGAUGGCAUUGCAAAAGACGACGCAAGGCCAAGAAGCGCCUCUUUUUGACCAGGAGCUUUUAGCCGCCCAAGUCAAAAGCAUAUACGCUGGACUUGUUAUGGUCGAAACUAAAUGUAUCGAGGUUGACAACGCCCAGUCCCCACCAAAUGAACCUGAGGGCAUCGAAGUUGAUGAUGCACUCAUCCCUCAAAACUGGCUGGGAUUUGCGCUGAACAACAGCAUCGACCUGCCAGCACUAAUAGCUCUUCAUAGUACUCUGCUUCAUGAGCAGCACGACUUUUUCCUAGCAAGCCGGCAUCCUGCAGCAAGCCCCGCACUACGGCGCCUGGCAUCAAAAUAUGCUAUGCCCGCGCGCAUGUGGCGGCAUGGCAUUCACUCGUUCCUUGAACUACUUCGCCUUCGCCUACCUGACUUGAUGGAGCACAUGCUUACGUUCAUCUACCUUGCAUAUACUAUGAUGGCAGUCUUAUAUGAGACUGUCCCUGCCUUUGCAGAUACUUGGAUAUAG